AUGGCCGACAUCACCGAGGAGCAGAGAAUCGAGAUCAAGGCUGCCUUCGAUCUCUUCGACACCGAUGGCAACGGCAGCAUCAGCGCUACCGAGCUCGCCUCCAUCCUGAAGAAGAUGGGUACCGAGGCUUCUGAGUCCGAGCUCAAGGACAUGAUCCACGAAAUCGACGUGGAUGGAGACGGUGAGAUCCAAUUCGAGGAGUUCCUUCUCUUGUUCUCGCGUCACAAGAAGAACCAGCUGCCCGAGGAUGAGGAGCUGAGGCAGGCCUUCAAGGUCUUCGACGCUGAUGGCAAUGGCACCAUCUCCAAAGUCGAGCUCAAGCGCGUCAUGGAUAUGCUGGGCGAGAAGCUCAACGACGCCCAAAUCGACGAAAUGAUGAAGGAAGCUGACACCAACGGCGACGGCGAGAUCGACUUUGGCGAGUUCAAGAAGAUGAUGGCCAGCAAGGGCCUCUAA